UUCUCCCCUCCCUCCGCGUCGCCCCCCCACCCUCGAGCGAAGCGGCCCGAGACAUAAACAAACUCCGCGAGCGAGUCCGGCGCGGGAGCCUCUCCUUCCGCCUCCCUCCGCGCGACCUCCGCCCCGAACCGUUUCCCGAACCGCCGCCGCCGGUUUCCCUCAGCCCCUCCGCCCUCCGUGAGGCGGCCUCCGUGGCCCCUCGCUCUCCGCACCCCUCGGGGCCGCCAUCUCUCUCUCUCGCUCCCGCCGAGACGGGGCCUCGUCGGAGGGGGACCCGGAGCCUUGCCUGUCCCCUUCCAGCCCCUCAGAGGAGGCGGCUGCCCGGCUUCAGCAAGACGCCCUCCGCGGUCGCUUCUUGAAACAGCGGCUUGCUUCUAGACGCCUCCAAAGUUAAAAUGGCCUCUGCAGUUAUUAGUUCGGUUCCUACUACUGCAUCACGGUUUGCUCUUUUGCAAGUUGAUAGUGGCAGUGGAUCCGAUUCAGAAUCUGGAAAGGGAAGAAACAGUCGAAAUGGUGGAAAGUCCCAAGCUUCAGGCAGCAAGUCAACCACAAAUGAAAAGAAAAAAGAAAAGAGAAGAAAAAAGAAGGAACAGCAGCAGAGUGAAGCCAAUGAGCUCAGAAAUCUCGCUUUUAAGAAAAUCCCUCAGAAAAGUUCCCAUGGAGCUUCUUUGUCUCAGCAUGAGCAAGCAUUAAAUAAUUCAGCAAGGAAAGAUUCUCAGGAAGAGAACUGGCAAGAGUGGAGACAAAGAGAUGAACAGUUGACUUCUGAAAUGUUUGAAGCCGAUCUUGAAAAAGCUUUACUUCUCAGCAAACUGGAAUAUGAAGAACACAAAAAGGAAUAUGAAACUGUUGAAAGUGCUUCUCCUCCAUCAAAAGCUGUGCACAAGAAAGAGAAAAGAAAAAAUCAGCAGGGAAAAGACAAACCUCUCACUGUGUCUUUAAAAGAUUUCCAGUCUGAUACUAACAUUGAUCACCUUCCCAAAAAGCAGGAGGAAUUGAGCUCUUCACAUACUGUCUUGCAUGAUGGUGAAUUCUUCAAUAGACUGGAAGACGAUGUGCACAAAAUAAUUACUAGGGAGAAAAGAAGAGAGCAUAUCACAGAUAAUGGAAUGGAUAACAGUACAUCACGUGAUCCCACACAUGAUUUUGUAUUGAAAGACGGAAGAAUAGAGAGACUAAAGCUGGAACUUGAGAGGAAAGAUGCAGAAAUCCAGCAAUUAAAGAGUGUAAUCACACAAUGGGAGGCAAAGUAUAAGGAAGUGAAAGCACGAAAUGCACAGCUGUUGAAAAUGCUGCAGGAAGGAGAGAUGAAAGAUAAAGCCGAAAUACUGCUUCAGGUCGAUGAAUCUCAGAGUAUUAAGAAUGAGCUGACUUUACAGGUUACCAGCCUUCAUGCUGCUCUGGAACAAGAACGAUCUAAAGUGAAGUUACUGCAAGCAGAGCUAACAAAGUAUCAGGCUGGAAGAAAAGGGAAAAGAAAUUCAGAGUCUGAUCAGUGCAGGUGAUCACAUUUGUACCAAAAUCCGAGCAAAAAAAUAAAUUUGAUCUUCAGGGGUUUUGCAGAAAUGUAUUUGUACUACUGCUUAACUAUGCAGUUUUCUGGGUUUGGGAGUGAAGUUUAAUUGACUAAUGUUCUGAAUAUUCAAUCUAUUGCACUUCUAGUAUAAAGAAGAGAAGCUGGAAACUAAUGUUACAGUGAUGCUCAAACCUUGUUUGUCCUAAUGCUACACCUAGUUUUUCAUCACUCAAUAAAGUUUUUGUCAUUUUUAUGA